AUGGCCAACAGCAGCUCCAUCACCCACUUCCUCCUCUUGCCUUUCACAGGCACAAGGCAGCUGCAGCUCCUGCACUUCUGCCUCUUCCUGACCAUCUACCUGGCUGCCCUGCUGGGCAAUGGCCUCAUCAUCACCACCAUAGCCUGGGACCACCACCUCCACACCCCCAUGUACUUCUUCCUCCUCAACCUCGCCCUCCUUGACCUGGGUACCAUCUCCACCACUGUGCCAAAAUCCAUGGCCAGUUCCCUGUGGCAUGACAGGGACAUCUCCUAUGGAGGAUGUGCUGCUCAGGUCUUUCUCUUUCCCUUUUUCAUGUCAGCAGAGUUUUACCUCCUCACCACCAUGUCCUACGAUCGCUAUGUUGCCAUCUGCAGACCCCUGCACUAUGAGACCCUCCUGGGCAGCAGCGUUUGUGUCCACCUGGCAGUAGCUGCCUGGGCCUGUGGGGCUCUCAAUGCUCUGCUGUACACAGCCAAUACAUUUUCCCUGCCCCUCUGCCAGGGCAAUGCUGUGGACCAGUUCUUCUGUGAAGUGCCCCAGAUCCUCAAGCUCUCCUGCUCCACAUCCUACCUCAGGGAAGUUUGGGCAAUUGUCAUUGGUGUCUCCUUAGCACUUGGUUGUUUUGUGUUCCUUGUGGUGUCCUAUGUGCAGAUCUUCAGGGCAGUGCUGAGGAUCCCCUCUCAGCAGGGACGCCACAAAGCCUUUGCCACCUGCCUCCCUCACCUGGCUGUGGUCUCCCUUUUGCUCAGCACUGGCUUCUUUGCCUACCUGAAGCCCUCCUCCAUCUCCUCCCCAUCCCUGAAUCUGGUGUUGUCAGUUCUGUACUCAGUGGUGCCUCCAGCAGUGAACCCUCUCAUCUACAGCCUGAGGAACCAGGAUCUCAAGGCUCCUGUCCAGGCGGGCAGCGAUGUCUUGCCACAGGGUCCUUGA